AUGGUUGAUAGAAGGGAAGAACUGCACGAUGUCAAAAGCCAGCGCACUAGUCUGGAGACCCUUAACCCACCCCGCUUGCCUGUCAUCUCUGGGCUGUUCAUUGCUCUGGUAAUGAAGCUCUUCUAUAUCAAAGCAGCACCGCUCAACAUGACGCUACUCUCCUUUGUGGAUGAUGGGACCAUUCUGGCCCAAUCCAAACAACUUGAUGAUAAUAAUGUGGGCCUGCAUAAGGCCUACAAGAUUAUCUACCUUCUCUUUGUUGCCUUCACACUCGUUCUUGAACACGACAAGACCGAGCUGUUUCACUUUUCGUGUCAACGAGACACCUAG